UAAUACAUCCGAGGAAUGUACAAUGACAUCAGCAAUAGUUCACAAUGGAAGUUCAAGUCUGGAAUUUGACAGCAAUGGAGUACAGAUUCAAGGCAAGGAGAAUGAACCAGUUUCUGAAUAUCCAGCAGUGAUCGUAGAGCCAGUGCCAUGUGCCAGAGUAGAACAAGGAUAUGCUGCACAGAUUUUUGUUUAUGAUGAUGAAACUUACCUGCUUCAAGAUGUUGCAGAAGAACAAGAAAUCGAGACUGAAACUGUGAAAACAGUGGAAGCAUCUGUUCAUGGCAGCAAUGUGCACUGUUCAGAUAAGACAAUUGAAGCAGCAGAAGCCUUGCUUCAUAUGGAAUCUCCAACCUGCUUAAGAGAUGCUAGAAGUCCAGUAGAAGUUUUUGUUCCGCCUUGUGUGUCAACUCCAGAGUUCAUCCAUGCUGCAAUGAGACCAGAUGUAAUUACAGAAACUGUUGUGGAGGUAUCUACUGAGGAAUCUGAACCAAUGGAUACAUCUCCUUCACGAACAUCUCCAGAAAUCCAUGAGCCCAUGAAAAAAAAGAAAGCUGGCCGUAAGCCAAAAUCUCAAGUGCCAUCAGCCAUUUCCAGUGCAUCUCCAGACUUGGGAAUAAAAAAGAAGCCAAGGGAGGGCAAAGGAAAUACAACCUAUUUGUGGGAAUUCCUUCUGGAUUUACUUCAAGACAAAAAUACUUGCCCUCGAUAUAUCAAAUGGACUCAGCGAGAAAAGGGCAUUUUUAAACUUGUGGACUCAAAAGCAGUUUCCAAGUUGUGGGGAAAACACAAGAACAAGCCUGACAUGAACUAUGAGACAAUGGGAAGAGCCUUGAGAUACUAUUAUCAAAGAGGAAUUCUGGCAAAAGUUGAAGGACAAAGGCUAGUAUAUCAGUUCAAGGAAAUGCCGAAAAAUAUUGUUGUUAUUGAUGACAAAAAUGAGUGUGGCAGUGAAGAUUUAUCAAUGUCCACUGAUGAGAAGUCAUUGGAACGUGUAUCACUGUCUGCAGAAAACCUCUUAAAAACAGCGAGUUCUGCUCGUGUAGGAAAAAACACUUCUCAGUUGACCUGCACAAGAUCAGAGAAGUCUGUUGCCAGAGUGAGUAUCUCCUCACCUGGGCAUGAAAUGUCGUCUUGUUCUCCCACCACAACUACUGUUUCAGCAACAACUGCUCCCAGAACUGUUCGGGUGGCUAUGCAAGUGCCUGUUGUAAUGACAUCUCUGGGACAGAAAAUAUCAACUGUUGCAGUGCAGUCUGUAAACGCAGGGUCACCAUUGAUUACCAGCACAAGCCCAACAACAGCAACAACCCCAAAGGUAGUUAUCCAGACAAUCCCUACAGUGAUGCCGUCAUCUGCUGAGAAUGGAGAGAAAAUAACAAUGCAGCCUACAAAAAUAAUCACUAUCCCUGCUACACAACUUGCACAGUGCCAGUUGCAAACAAAAACUGGUUUGCCAGGGACGGGAAGUAUUAACAUAGUUGGAACACCUCUGGCUGUGAGAGCACUUACUCCAGUAUCUUUAGCUCACGGGACACCAGUGAUGAGAUUAUCAAUGCCUGCCCAGCAGGCAAGUAGCCAUACUCCACCCAGAGUAAUUAGUGCAGUUAUAAAAAGUCCAGAGGUCAAAUCUGAAGCAGUGGCUUUAAAGCAGGAACGGGAGAUUAAGACCCUGCAACUAGUACAAGAAGAGAAACCAGCAGAUGGAACCAAAACAGUCACUCAUGUUGUCGUCGUUAGUACACCCUCAGCUAUUGCCCUCCCUGUACAAGUAAAAACAGAAGGAAUAGUAACAUGCGAGAAAUGAAAAAAGGCAGCUGUGAACAUUAAUUACAUAGACCAUUGUGGAAUUAAGCAAACUGACAUAUUUAGGAAGCCAGGGAAUUGGACACAAUCAAGAAGUGAAAGAACUGUUUUUUAAAAAUUGUUAAUAGUUAUGCAUAUAUUAGAAACUUACUGGAAGCAAAAUAAUGUCCCAUGUUUCAGUGGGAAUUGAACUAGAUCUACACACUGACACAAUUGCCUCUUGUAAACCGGGGUUAAGCUGAUGAAGAAAGAAAAUUCCUGGAACCGAAGGGAAUAGUGGGUGAGCGCUCAAGAGGCUCGCUGCAUUACCAGGUUACACUAAGGCAUGGAACACUAAACUGGUUCUGUGAGGGGUUCUUGGCUUAUGUAGAUGGAGGGGGCAUCUAGGAAGAGGCUCACUGUUACACAAGACACAUUUGAUGCAUUUGAAUAUGCAUACCAGCAAUUACUACUGUGUACUCACAGUGUUUAACUGGUGCUAUGUGAAAAACUCUGCUACUAGGUAUUCUUGAAUGUGAAUAAAGGAAAGGAUUAAAGAGCUUCUACAAGAAGUUGAAGACUUAGAGAAUUUUUUGUCCCAUGCAGCUUAAGCAGAUUUUAAAACAAAAGCCUUAGACUGAUUUUCAGUUACCUUUGUUGAAAUAAGCUAAUGGCUUGUUUGUGUAAAGCAUUUUUUUAUUAAAACAAUUUUUUAAAAAAAUCUUAUACCUAGCACAGUAUUGUUAUAGAAUUACAUGUAACAUAUUUUGUAUGGUAGUCAAGUCUGUUGGUUUCUUAAUUGUGGUCAAAGUGGCCAGAGGUUGUUUGGCCUUUCGCUGCUUGGAUCACCCACUUCGCCUGGACAUCUGUGCAUACAUUUCAAUUUCAGCUUUUACUCUGUCACUUGAAAGGUCACGCUUGGCAUGAACUCUUGUCAGGUAGAUUAAAAGCCUGUAUAUUUUUUAGUUGAAGUUAGAGGAAAGUACCAGUGUUCAGAAUGAACUAUAAUAGUUUGUAUAUUCAACAUUUAAAGUAUAUUCUAUUUUGUUGUACUCUUGUUUCAAAGUGUAUUCAAGUAGGUUUUACUGAAAUACAGAUAUGAAAUUUAAAAUUGGUGUCUCUUUUUUCCAAGCCUUAAUAUGCCCUCUGGUGUUCAUCCAGAUCAAAAGUCCUACAUAGUUUUGUACUUCAGUUCUCAAAACUUAGUUUCAGAAAUAGCACCAAACCAGAAAAUAUACCAAAGAAUUAAGUGAAUUAUCUCAGUUCUACCGAAAAUAGCAGCAAUAUUGAUAAAUUUGAUAAAAGAGUGGAAAACACUUGUAUAAUAGUCUAAUUUAAAUCAUUAACAGCAGGAAUUAGAUGACUGGAAUUGCCUUUAUGCUUGUGUUACAUUGUCUUGCAGUUUCCAAAUUAAUUAGAGUAGCAAAAGCCAGCUUCUUAGGAGGUGAAUGGGAUUAGAGCUUCCUUGGAAAGGCAGGGGGGUGGGGGGACAUAAAGGUAACACAACUUUGUCAAAUUGAAAGAAGGCAGAAUGCCUGGUUUACGGCUUGCGACCAGCUUUGGUGAUGAUAAAUUAAUGAAGUUUUCUUCUUUGUCAUCCUGGCAGGUUAAGUUCAGAAAGGGAAACCAAAACAAUUCCCAUUGUUUCUGGACUCUGUAGCGCUUUGGAUUUUAAGGCAAAAAUUUGGAGUGUAUGGGUGUGAAUGUAGCAUCUGCCUGCAACUCCUUAAGCAGGCAUGCCUUUUCUGGGAUUGACAACUGCAAUUUUUUCUGCUUUUGAAUCUGAAGUACUGCAUGUGCCUGUUUUCCUUUUGGAUUCUGGAUUGAAUGAUGUCAAAGAAGUCACUAGUUUGGGAGCAUUCUGCAUAAGGCUAG